AUGCCCUACGACCCGGACUUCAAGGACCGUCAAGUGUGGCAUGAUGGCGUAGAUGAGGACAUCGCCUUGGCGCAGCGCUUCAACAACAGGGCCAUCCCUGAGCUGUUGGAUCGGAUGAUAACCCACGGCCGGCUAGGUGACCAGUUACAAUACCUCUCUAUUCGCGACUUCACACUCCAGUUCAAAGCUGGGAGCCCCCCCGGAGCUACACUGUCCUCCGUCACUACCAUGGGUAUUCCACGAUGGAAAGGGGAUUUCCCGCAUCUAUUCAUACACGAGUUCCCGAAGUUUCAGAUGGAAGCUUUACUCCGCAGCUUUCCCAACCUCCGUGCCUUCCAGAAUGACGAGGCUGCUUUUUCGUGGAGAGACGCCAUUGGUGAGUUCGACCCUACUUUCUCGAACGCCAACGUGUUCAACAGCGUUCAUCACUGCCUUCGGAGGCUGACGUACCUCAGCAACACCAUCACGCAGUCCCCUAACCCGGAGAACUACUUUAUAGCGAUCGACUGCUACGAGGAGGAGAAAUUCUCGGACGUUCCACACUUCGCUGUCUUCAAGGUAUUGGAGGAACUGACUAUUGAGCAAGGGCUCCUAGGUCGCUUGUCCACGGUCCACGACCGCGUCAACUCACCUACGGGCCCCUACUUUCCUGAUCUUGACUACAGGCUCCCACAGUCUCUUCGCCGUCUGACUAUCAAGUUUGUCUACGACUGGCCCAGACUUGCAUCGCAGCUGAUAGCUCUUGCUACUGCGAAGCAACGUGGCCAGUUCCCAUCGUUGAGCGACGUCUUUGUUGUUAUCGUGCGGUCUUGCACGGUCGAGAGUGACGGUGUGUGGCCCCCUCAUAUCCCGCUGACUCCCAGUAAGGAUUUAAUACGCGAUUCCGGUGAGCUGAUGAGGGCAGCCGGCAUAAACCUCUGGACAAGCACCACUGAGAUAGAGCCGCCUGAUUCGGAAGACUACCCGCAUGACAUCGUCCCAGAAGGCACUCUCAUCACUUUCGACGUCCAGCGGAGGUUCUUUAGCGAUACCUGA